ACUCGAUAAACAAACAAACGCAAACGGGGAGGCCAACGCAAGUCCAAACGCCUCGGGUGGAAGCGGCAAAAGGAGCGAGCGACGGGCGUCCUCCUUCCCCCCGGCUUUUCUCCUUCGCGGCUUUCGCUUCCUCUCUCUCUCUCUCUCUCUUCCGCACCUAGGGUUUCGGUUCGCCCUUUGCUCUCCCGGCGGCGCCCCCGGUUGCGGAGUGAUGAUGAGUACUAUAAUCGCCAUUAUGUCGCUCUCUCGAUCGAUCUCUUGCUCAUUGUGUCGGAAUUUGAUGGGCGGUUUCGAUUUUUGUUCUCUCGUUUGCUUCGUUGUUAGAUUGGUUCGGCUGACCGUACAUUAUUGGCAUCCGAAGAAUGAGAGAUAUACGAUCUUGAAGGUUUAGGAGCAUAGGGAAAGGCACUACCGCAGCCUCAUGCAACUGAAGAUUGUGGGGCAUCGUAUCGACUUUUCUGAAACGAUUAUGAGUCUCAGAGGUAGAAUCAGGGUUGUAUUUGAUACCUCUUUCUUGAGGUCUUAUCGCCACCUGGCUUGCUCAAAGCUGUCACCGUUGGUUUCUCAACCAAUGGAUCGGUGGACCGGAUGUUUUAAGGUCUCCCUCAAUCCGACCAAAGCUGGCUCCUGUUUAAAGGUUGCUGCUUCACUCAUGUUCUCACCAUCCUCCAGAACCCUUUUGAUGCCUUCUGUGAAUGCCAUCUUAUUUAACGGUGAUAAGGUCCAAGGAACUGGGAAUUCUGUGAUUGAGAGGUUAUCAGAUUCAAGGAAUAUAUCUGAAUUGCUUGUGUCAAAACUGGGGUGUUCAGCCAAUGUUUGGGUGGUGGAGGCUUCUACAUUUAAUGGACCUUUUGCCGUAUACAAGGAGUUCAUACCAUCAUUGACUUCUCGAGGUGAUCCAAAACGGUAUGACCCUAAUGGAUUUCCAGCUUCGUCUGCAAUUGUUGCAAUCUUAUCCAGGUGUUUUGAACAGGUGCUAAGCUUGACAUCAAGCAACCUGGUGGAACAAACAAAAGGAAAUGUAGAUGCACCUACGUUGUUGCCAACCCCUUUCCCUAAAACAAUAAUUCUGGGUUUCAGCAAAGGUGGGACUGUGGUCAACCAGCUUGUGACUGAAUUUGCUCACUUGAAGGCUUCACCCCAGAUAUUUGAUAGGAGGCAAGAUCACCUCUAUCCCAUAACCGAGGAUGAUCUGUUGUUCAGCAUCUCUGAGUUCCAUUAUGUUGAUGUCGGAUUGAAUAGUGCUGGAGCAUAUUUGACUGAUCGGACUGUUAUUAAGAAGGUUGCUGAGCUUUUAUUGGUUCACAAUGCUAGUGUUCGUUUUGUUCUUCAUGGUACUCCAAGGCAGUGGUUUGACCGUCACAGGCCAUGGAUUCGUAAGGAGAAAGAUAUUAUGCUGCAAUUGCUUAAAGAUGAAGCUCAUAGAUGUGAAGGAAAACUGCAGGCAACCGAAAGAUUCUAUUUUGCCAAUAAUCUGCCCAGUUUGCAAAUGCAUUUUGAGAUAAUUCAAGUGAUGGAUUUAAGUUAACGUUCUGCAGUUUUGCUUGCGACCUAGCGUAAGGAACAGUUGUGUAUCGUUGGUUAUCUGAAACAGUGCUGCGACGCACUAUGGAUGUGUACGAGUGCAAAAAGAUAAAAGAGGGUUGCAUCAGGAGAUAAGGUUCGUCUUCCCCAAUUAUAUGCUCUUGGUGGAUCCCGUUAUGGUACCACUCUUGCCCUUAUGCUUCUAUUCUGAAAAGAAAUCUCCGAGGGUCAAAAAGUAAAAAAAAUCCACAUCUCUUUCUCCAAGUGGCAAAAUUAAUUUGGUGGUAAUAUAUCUGAUUCACCUCUCUUAUGUUGAUAGUUUAAAUCCUUAUUAUUGUAUUAGUUGACGAGGACUUCGUUUCUAGAAUGAUACAAGCUUCCUAAAGUCUUAAGAUAGUUUUCUUUUUCUGGCAAAAUUUGCAA